AUGUAUCCAUUCAUGUAUCACACCCUAUGCGAUGAUCAAGCAGAUGCAUCGAGCUCAUCCGAUCAUCAGCCCACUCAGUAUCAAGGUCAGACUGUAGACCUCAACCUCAACCUAUCACCGCCACACCCGGCAGCACAGUACCUGGUCGCCCAGCAACCGGUUAGCUACAUUCAACCGGGAUAUUCAACUCCCGGUCAGCAGUUCCCUUUCCCUGGGCAGUAUCCGUACCUGGUCCCACCUCCACAGUAUGGGUACUGGCCCGGCCAGUCGAUCUAUUAUACACCACCGACUGACUAUCCCCCUUACACGCCUGCGCACACGGCUCCAGCCCCCGCUCCUUCGAUUUACUCGACUGGUCCGACCGAGCCGGAGCUUCAGCCCACUUCCCGGGCUAGGUGCUCGGCUCGUUCGAGGUUGGGGUCGCAGGGUGCCGAGGCCAUGGAGGUACCACGGCAGGCCCAGCAGGUACAGUCGGAGUUACAAGCCCAAGCGAAGGACCCCGAAGUUGGAGCCAACCGAGCAGUAGCAUUCGAGCGGCUCUGUCCAGCCAUGCGGCAACGAUUGGGACCACAGGACUCAAGCCGGCGCUCAGUAGAUUCACCGAUGAGAGAGGCCAGCCAGAAGGGUUCAUCUGCGCAUAGUGGGUCAAAAUCACAUCGUCGAUGA